UUGCUCCUGUCUCUUCUUUUCGCCGGUGGUAAUAUCCUUAAUGGAAGAUCACCCCAAUCAAUACCUCCGGGCAGCUGUUAACUGACUGGGAUAAUGGAAUCAAAAUGAGUUAGUGCAAAUUACUGCUUUGGUAUUAAAGAUGCCUCUGACUUAUGACAGUCAGGGGGGUUCUAAGACCCAUAGGAAAGAAUCUCUCAUCAAAUCAGCAAAGUAUGUCAGAGCAGGGAAGCCUCUUCUGUUGGACUGGACAUUGAGUGGGGCUGCUACUGCUGCUGCCCUUCUGUCCAGCCAAGUGGGCAGCUGGAUGCAAGAAACAGUGGCUUGAUUGCUUUGUGGCCGAACCAAAGUCCUGGACAGACCCAAGAAGGAAAACAAAGAAGAGGAGUGGAAACAAACAAGUAACAUCCACUGUGAGCGGAGCCAAGGCAAUGUCAUCUCUGGUGAAGGAGGAUCUCAACAAGAAGCUCUUCAAAUCACUUGGGCAAAGCUUGCAUGAAUUCAUUGAAGUUGAGUGUUCGGGCCAAGACCGCUUCUACCUCUGUGCUUCAGUGACAAAAGGUGAAGAAGUGCAAAUAUCUAUGGUAAAACACUUUAGAAUAGGCCUUGAUGAAAAAUAUGAAAUAUCUGAAAAAUGGUUUCUUGAUGAUUUGGAGAUGAUUGAUGGGAAAGAGGCGGAUACUGAUAAUCCAUGGUUUGAUAUGCAUUUCAAGAAAGUCUACAGUUGGGAAGCUUACAGCUGUGCCUCUAAAUAUGCUUUUGCAAGAACUUUAAACAAGUUGAAUGAGAUGUACCUCCACAAGGACCUGAAGAUUGUGAACUUUGAUUUUACCUAUAUCAACGAAGAAGCACUUUGGUCGUCCAGCAAUGGGGACUGUGUCGUACUGAUGAGGAUCUGUUUCUAUGCAUCCAACCUUUUGUGCCUGUCUCUGUGCCCUUUGCCUGGGUGACUGUUAUCGGUUUCUUCAUACUUGGAUAAAAUUACAGUUAACAUUUUACACAAAAUAAAUAGACAUUCCAUUCUGUGUCAGAACUCCUAUUUUCAUAAUAAUGACAUUUUAAAAAAACAAAACAUUUUUUUCCAAAAAUGGACUCUGGGCAACAUAUAUGUGUUUAUUUCAAAAAUUAAAUAGAUUCCCAACUGC